UGUAUUUGUACGCGUUUGUCAGAAAUUAGGUAAAAAGCGUAACAGUGGUUUUUAGUGCAAAUUUUUUCAGCAAUUUGUGAAUGAAGUGUAAAAGAUUUUUAAAUUCUACACCCGAAUUUUCAUGACGAAGAAUUUAACAUUUCAUUUAGAUGAAGAUGGAUGAAAAAGAAGAAUUGCAUCUAACCUCUCAAGAGUUACAAGUGCUAUCAGAACUUGACAGUCGCCAGUUUGGUUUCCUGAAACUACGAGGCAACGAACAUGGCAGAACCCGAGCUCUGGUGCUCAAAGCCGUCAAGUAUCUGGAGGGGAUGUUGGUGCAAGUUAAGGAGGAGGAAAGAGCAUGUUCACCUGGGGCGAGACGAGAUAUAUGUAUCGAUCCAAAAACCUACUGCAAGUUGGGACAUUUCCAUCUCUUACUAGAAGAUUAUGCUAAGGCAAUGUCAGCAUACCAAAAGUUCUAUGCACUAGAGCAGGACAACUGGAAGGAUCCCUUGUUCCUGUAUGGAUUGGGCUUGUGCUAUUAUCACUACAAUGCAUUUGAUUGGGCGACGAAGGCUCUUCAGAUGGCGCUCUACGUGUCGCCGGGAUUCACGCGGGCGGCCGAUGCGCAUCUCCGCUUGGCGCUUAUGUUCAAGGCGCGGAGACACUGGGGCGCAGCCGCGGUCCACUUCAGAAGGGCGAGGCUCUCCCCGAACCAAGACGCGACCUUCACCAGACUCGAGCUCAGCUUCCACGCUGCUCACUUGCUGGAAGCGAGAGGGCUCAAAAAAGCCGCAAGAGAUGCCUAUCAACGACUUCUCAAGGAACCUCAAUUAUCAUCCACUCUGAAAGCGGACGUCUGUCGUCAACUAGGGUGGUUAUACCACCGCUGUGCGUCUCUCGACGAGCCGGCAGCCCGAGCUCGGGCGGCUAUCUGGUGCCUGCAAAGGGCGGUUGCGGCUGAACCGGAGUCCGGUGCCGGGCUCUACCUCCUCGGGAGGUGCUUCGCGGCCCAGGGCAAAGUGCACGACGCGUUCAUUGCGUACAGGAACUCGGUGGAGAAGUCCGAGGGCAACGCUGAUACGUGGUGCUCUAUUGGCGUGCUAUACCAGCAGCAGAAUCAGCCCAUGGAUGCGCUCCAAGCGUACAUAUGCGCGGUGCAACUGGACAAGGGCCACUCGGCCGCGUGGACGAACCUCGGCAGCUUGUACGAGAGCUGUCAGAUGCCGCGCGACGCGUUCGCGUGCUACAACAACGGGGGCUCCGCGGCCACCGCCUCGAAUACGGCCCUGAGACAGCGACUCGCGUUCCUGCGGGCGCAUUUGGCACACGCGCCCAUGCCGUCCGUCACUGGCAAACGACGUCCACUGCCAUCUAUCGAAGAAGCGUGGAACUUACCCAUAUCUGCGGAGAUGUCAUCCCGGGCGCCCAAGUCCGCGCCACCCCCGUACCCGGGGAAACGGAGCGGGAGUAUAAGUAGCAGCACUACGCAAGAGGAACCGAUCCCACUGACUCCGAACCAAUUGCAGACGUUGCAGCACUUGCAGAGGAACUCGCAUAACUUGUCGCCGCACCAACAAGCGAUGAUGCAACAACUUCUUCAACAAUACAGAUUGUCACAAGCGGCGAGAUCGCGAGCGGUAGCGAAAAGCGAUAGCACCGCGACGAGCGGUAGCGACAACGCGGAGUCGCUGGCUGAAGAUUUACUUAAGAAGUUCUCAGAUACACAACCAGAUAUAAAGAAGGAGCCAACUAUGAAAUCAGGAAACAACAGCGAAACGGUGCUCGGCGGGCGCCAAGCGGUAGUGAAGCUAGAGCCGCUAAAGACGGACCCGCUCAAGCCGGUCACGUUCAACAUCAGCAUGACGGCCAAACAGAUUUUGGACGCUUGCAAGGAUAACGCGGGGUCGGCGUCGUCCUGGUCGGUGCUGGGCGAGGGCGCGGGCCCGCCCUCGCCGCCCGGCGUGCCGGCGCCGCGCCUGGCGCCCGAGCAGCUCGCACCGCCCGCGCCCUUCGUGUACGUGGAGUCCAAGCGCGACGCCUUCUCGCCGCAGCUGCAGGACUUCUGCCUCAAGCACCCCAUCGCCGUCGUGCGCGGCCUCACCGCCGCGCUCAAGCUCGACCUCGGCCUCUUCUCCACCAAGACGCUCGUCGAGGCGUGGCCCGACCACGCGGUCGAGGUGCGCACGCAGCUCAUGCAGUCGGCCGACGAGAACUGGGACCCGAGCGGGCGCCGCCGCGUGUGGGCCUGCGCCUCGCACCGCUCGCACACCACCGUGCGCAAGUACGCGCAGUACCAGGCCGGCUCGUUCCAGGAGUCGCUGCGCGAGGAGCGCGAGCGCGGGGCCGGCCCGCCGCUCGCCGGCGCGCUGUCCGACUCGGACGGGCGCGAGUCGGGCUCCGGGCCCGCCAAGCGGCGCCGCGGGGCGCGCAUGCUGCGCUUCGGCACCAACGUGGACCUGUCGGACGAGCGCAAGUGGCGCCCGCAGCUGGCCGAGCUGCAGAAGCUGCCGGCCUUCGCGCGCGUCGCCUCCGCCGCCAACAUGCUGUCGCACGUCGGCCACGUAAUCCUCGGCAUGAACACGGUGCAGCUGUACAUGAAGGUGCCCGGCAGCCGGACGCCCGGCCACCAGGAGAACAACAACUUCUGCUCGAUCAAUAUCAACAUCGGCCCGGGGGACUGCGAAUGGUUCGGCGUGCCGGACGCGUACUGGGGCGGCGUCAAGGAGCUGUGCGACCGACACGGCCUGUCGUACCUGCACGGCUCGUGGUGGCCGGACCCGGAGGAGCUGCGCGCGCACGGCGUGCCCGUGUACCGCUUCACGCAGCGGCCCGGCGACCUCGUGUGGGUGAACGCCGGCUGCGUGCACUGGGUGCAGGCCACGGGCUGGUGCAACAACAUCGCGUGGAACGUCGGGCCGCUGACGGCGCGCCAGUACUCGCUCGCGCUCGAGCGCUACGAGUGGAACAAGAUCGAGAACUUCAAGUCGAUCGUGCCGAUGGUGCACCUGACGUGGAACCUGGCGCGCAACAUCCGCGUGUCGGACCCGCGCCUGCACCGCGCCAUGCGCCUGUGCCUGCUGCAGACGCUGCGCGCGGCGGCGGGCACGCUGGCGGCCGUGCGCGCGCGCGCCGUGCCCGUGCGCUUCCACGGGCGCGCGCGCGGCGAGGCGUCGCACUACUGCGGCGCGUGCGAGCGCGAGGUGUGGCACGCGCUGCUGGUGCGCGAGCACGAGAAGCGCCACGUGGUGCACUGCCUGGCGUGCGCGCGCCGCGCCAGCCCCACGCUGCAGGGCUUCCUGUGCCUGGAGGAGCACCACAUGGAGGAGCUGGCGCAGGUGUACGACGCGUUCACGCUGCACCGGCCGGCCCCGCAGCACGCGCCGGCCCCGCAGCUCGCGCCCGCACCGCCGCCCACGCCCGACUGAGCGGCCCGGCUGCUCGCGCACACCCUUUCGGUUUAAGUUUCCGGCUAGGAGCACGCUAGUUGAAUCCCCGACGACCAACUGUAGUGAUAGGCGUUUGUCGCGAUCUAUUUUUAAUACCCGGCGCUCGGUUGUAAAAUUGUUACUCGAAAUUAAUAUUUUUGUGGACGACGCGAUUUUGUAACUAGAUAAGGUUUACACUUUACACGCUCCUCGAUCACUUUUGUAAUUGUGAGAGAUAUUCGUAACGACGAGUCAAUUCGACGGCGGAUUCGCCGGCCGCAGUAGGUUAACUGUUAGUGUUAGCGGCGACCUCCGUCGGCGAGCGUGGGACGGUUUCCCGGUUAGCGGGGGGAGGAUUCUGUGAGGCGGAGGUCGGCCCGUAAUAUGGUCUCAUGUACUCGAGUGUUCACCACGUUAAGUGUAUUAUUUUUGUAUAGAAGCAUAUUUAUUUAUUUCGUCUGUACGACUCGUUCGACUUCAGUAGGGUAGUCUGCAUAGCGAAUUAGCACUAAGAGAGAGGCACGGAGAGGCUCUGCGUUUUAGGAGGGUCUGGCGAACAGUGCUGAAAUGUCCCAAAGAAUGUUUUAUACUCGCGUAGGCAAAUUGGGGAAUCGCACUUUCAAACGAUUAUACUUGUUUGGGAUCUGACUGUAUUAAAUUGUAAUGGACGGUGGGUGAGCCGAUUUCGUGACGCUAAUAUUAACUUAUUCGGACGUGGCUUUUAUUGUAUCGAAAUGAAUGAAAUGUGUUGGUCCGGUACAAAUUCAUCGUGCAUAAUAUUUAGGUGAAAAUGCUAAGUUAUAUUUAAUUUUAUUGCAUGUUAUUUUUAAUUUAGCGUCUGUGAAAAUCGGCUUUAGUAAAAUUUGGAUUGGAUUGUAAUGAAAUUAGGCGUAAUUUUUGGCUCGAUGUAAAUUAGAAUGGAUAGAUGGAUAGUAAAGGAAAGCUCGCUCUCGGCGCGGUGUCGUUAUUUCUUUGGAAGUUUUAUGUAUGUUGUGAGAUUCGAUGUUGAUUGUGUUCUGAGCGCCGAGAGCCGAGACGCAGUGGUGGCAUACGGAAGUGUUGGAUUGUAUAGCGAAUACCGGUAUCUAUAAGUAAUUAUAACAUCACUGCCAUGUAUGACCUUACUGUUUAUACUGUAAUAUUAAAUUUUUAUUAAACAUGUAAUAUGGA